AUGUCCCACUCCCCCGCCGGCGCACCCACCGCGCGCCCCUCCACGCCCGACUCCUCCGACCGCGAAUCCCCUGCGCCCUCCAGACCCUGGCGCAGCGCUUUAACCACCCUCGGCAGCGCCGACGACGAGAUCCCCCACAAAGACAAAAACUAUCGAAAGUAUGCCAGCAACGUCGAGCGCGCCCUCUCCCUAUUUGACACCGCGCUGCAAGAGUGGGCCGACUACAUCAGUUUUCUGAACAGACUGCUCAAGGCGCUACAGGGUCGACCGGGGAAUGUCACAGCCAUCCCAGCCAAGGCAACAGUAGCGAAACGCCUAGCACAAUGCCUCAACCCGUCCUUGCCAUCGGGAGUGCACCAAAAAGCACUGGAAGUCUACACCUACGUGUUCAGCGUCAUCGGCCGGGACGGGUUAUCCCGCGAUCUGGCACUCUACCUACCAGGCUUAGCACCAGUGUUAAGUUUCGCCUCCCUCUCCGUGCGUGCGCCGUUUCUGGACCUGCUGGAGCGGUACCUCGUCGACCUCGACCCGCGCGCCCUGCGCCCCGCGAUGAAGAGUAUCAUCCUUGCACUGCUCCCGGGCCUGGAGGAGGAAACAAGCGAGGACUUUGAUCGCACGCUGAGGCUCGUGGAACGGUUCAAGGCCUCGAUACGCCCCAGCACGACUAAUGCCAUUACGGAGGUGCACUGGACGGGAGAUGAUUUCUUCUGGCAGUGUUUCUUUCUGGCGGGGAUUACAGGGUCGUCGAGGCGGCCGGGGGCGUUGGCGUACUUGACGCGGUGUUUGCCCCGUUUGGGACAGCCAUAUCACGCAACGGGGGAGCAGAUUUCGCAGGAUGAGGUCGAGACGGCGGCCAGGCUGGCCGAGCUGGUUACUUCGCCGGAGCCGGGGCUGCUGAUAAGAUGUUUUUCGGCUGGGUUGGCGGACGAACAGUUGUUGAUUCAGAGGGGGUUUUUGGAUUUGUUGGUGACACACCUGCCGCUGCAUUCGGAGAUAUUACAGAGGAAAGCGAAGCCGGGGGAUUUGGAAUUGUUGCUGCGGGCGGCGGUUGGGGUGACGGUACGAAGGGAUAUGAGCUUGAACCGGCGGCUAUGGACGUGGCUUUUGGGGCCAGAACCGCCGGUUGAGGGGCAUGGGGAGGGGGCUGCGACGGCAGAGUCGCCUUCGCAUCCGGGAGCGGCGGCGCAGGGGUAUUUGGCGUCACGGACGGAGUACUUUGAGAAGUUUGGGCUACAGCCGCUGACGAGGGCGUUGUUGAGUAUGAUUCGGUCCAACGAGAAGGAUGCGAAUCCUACUGAGCGGGCUAGGCCGUACAAGAUUUGCUUGUCGUUGAUGGAUAGGUGGGAGAUUGGGGGAUUGGUCGUACCUGAACUGUUUCUCCCAAUUGUGGACAGCGUGCGCGCGUUUAAGGGACGUGCGGCGAACAAGGCGGAUUUUGCGGAGGUUUUAAGGAGUGCGAGCGUCUUUUUUGAUGGGGUUGAGAGUGGCUUGAUUUAUAGUGAGAUGUUGACGCUCAUGGCGCAGGCUAUUGGGCCGGGAGAGCUGAGUGAGGGGGAAAGAAGUGCAAAGCUGGACUUGGUCAGGUUUAUGCUGAAGCAUUUCAAUGUGCGCGAGGAGGACAUGGUCACGAUACACGCGCCGUUGCUGGUGCUCGCCGUCCUGGGGAUGAUUGAGGAGGCGGAGGAUCUAGCGCCAACUUUAGUCGAGGAGGCGCUUAAUAUUACCUCCAGCUUGCUUGAUAUGGUCCCGGAGAGGGCAUUCACCAGCAAGACUGAGGCCACGGCCACCUCUACACCAGAAAUCCCUUCCCUUCUCGACAAAAUCCGCUCCUUCUACCUCUCCGACCAGGGCAACCUCGACGUCUCGCCGUCUCCCUUCCCCCCUGCUCUCCUAUCCUCCCUCCUCCUGGCCAAAGCCUCCUCCUUAGUUUGCACCUCUCUCCGAUCCCCCUCCAACCCCCAGAUCUCCCUCCGGACCCGGAUAAUAACCCAAGCAAUCACCAAAUCCCCCUCCACAACCCCCCUCAACACCCCAACUCUUCUUCAGUCUCUCUACGACAGCCUAUCUUCACCCACAACUAUCCCCUUCCCAACAUACACUUCCAUCAUUCUCCUGUCCUCAACCCUCUACUCCGUCUCCCGCAUCAAUCUUACCUCCCUCUCGGAGCUAGUCUCUCCCCUGGUGCGCCAUGCCUGGGCAUUUUUGUCACCCUCCGACCCUAAAUACCACGUCGAGGUUGUGAGAAGCCUGUGGGCACUGCAAACCGCGCUGGGGAAGGACAAUAGAGACAUCGAGGCGGCGAUUUGUAGUCUGAUGAUCCAAGGCGAGGUAAUGAAUGGGACGUUUUGUAGGAGGGAGGCCGAGAGGGGGAGAAGGUUUUGCGUGUUGUGGAAUAUGACGUUGCAGGAUUAUGGGAGUUCGGUGGGGUCGGAGAAGAAGGGGAAGGGGGAGAGUAAAGGGGGGAGACUGACCGGUGCGGAGAAUUAUGAGGUUAUGUUGACAAGACCGAUGUUUUUGAUGCUCGAUGCUCUCGCGGAAGAGAAGGCGCAGUUGUUUAUGACGGUGAAGGGCUGGUUGGGGGGGAUGGUGGGAGUAGAGAAGAUGUUCACCAUAUUCGUCUCUAAGUUCGCCUCAAUCUCCUUCCUGCGACGCCGCCAACUCGGCCCGUCUGCCUGCCCGACCCCGUUUGCCGAAGACGAUGACCUCGACAUGGCGCUGUACUACAUCCGCUCUCUCUCUAGCGUGUUUCGCUGGGCGCCGGAGGGGAUAUGGACAGUCCUCGCGAAGCGUCUCGUCAAGUCUGACGCCUACCAACCUCCCCUCUCCGAAAUCACCGGCACACAAGCCGACAUCCCCCUCCAAGAAUUCUUCCUGCACGUCGCGCUCGCCUGCCUAGCCCAUGACCCCCCCACAACCCCCCUUUCUGAUGGUGCCACAGACACCCCUCCGACGCAACUACACCGCGCAUCCCUCACCCUCCUCCACCAAAUCCUGCUUUCCCCCUACGCCGAGCCCCUCGCUCGCCUGCGCCUCGACACAAUCCUGCUCGACAAGCUCGCGCAUGCGUUGGCGGUCGGCACGGAUCCACAUGUGCAGGUGCUGUUGUUGGAUGUGGUGUAUGCUAGCUUAAAGUUGAGGGAGUUGGCCCCGUCGUCGGGCACCAAGGAAAACGAAGCUUCGGACGGGGCACUACACGAGAAGAAGGCGGCUGCUGCUGCGGGGGAUUGUAUCCUCACCGGCCUGGGGGCCAGUAGCAGCCGGCCAGUGCUGGACAGCUGGGUGGGGUUUUUGACGGCGUGUUUGCCCAUGUACGAGGGGGGGAUAUUUCAGGUUGUGAUACCGCUUGUGGAGACGUUGUGUCGGGAGAUUGGGAAUACGUUCUCGCAUCUACAGAAGCUCUUCUCCGUUAAUCAUAGCCAUCAGCACAAUGGGGGGCAGGCAGGCCCGGAGACGACGCUCAUAAGUUUGCUAAAUGGGUUAGAGCAGGUGCUGGCUCAUGCUCACGACAGACUCCUGACGGAGGAGGCCAAGGCGCAGGUGACCAAGCACCCUGAACAAGCGCAAGGCUUUUUCGGGAACAUGGUGUCUGGAGUCUUUUCAUCAGAGGGAUCGUCGUCAUCCAGUACGAACCUCACUUCCUCUGGGGGAGGGUCUGGCGGUGCCCAGGGGAGGAGCGCGACCGCCAACGAUAGACUCACAGUGUUACUGGCCUUUCAGGAUGCAGUCAGGAUAUGUUUUACGAUCUGGUCUUGGGGGCAUCCCGGCCAGGGGCAGGGUAAGGGUGUGGAUAUGACCAGCGCAGCGAGUCUGAACUACACCUCCCUCCGGAUGCGCAACCGGGCUCGGAGGUUGCUCGAGCACCUGUUUGCCGCCGAAACCCUCGAAUGUCUGGAAACAGCAAUCCACAUCUGGCGGACUACCCUCGAAUCCCCAGACCCGUCUUUGGCGUCAGAAGUCUUCCGUCUGCUCCCGGCACUAGACGGCUCCCGACCGAAGCACACCGUGCCCGCGUUAUUCAACGCCAUCUACAGCCGGAGUAAUCCUAGCGCACUGGACCCCUCGCGCAGAAGCACGCUGACGAUUGAUCUGGCGGAUGUGGAUUUGGCGGUGUUUUUGGUGGACUAUAUCAGGGAGCUGGAGGACGAUACGAUGGAUGAGAUAUGGGGGGAUUGUAUGGCUUUUUUGAGAGAUUUGUUGGGCAAUCCGUUUCCGCAUCGGGCGACGCUGCCAUGUUUGCUGGAGUUUGCCGCUGUUAUUGGCGAGAAGGUGGAUAAUACGCGGUUUGGGGAGGAGAAGAGAAUGAGGAGAGAAUUGGCGGACCUCUUCCUCCGCCUCCUCACAGCAAUCUUCACGACCCGCCCCAUCAGCUUCUCGGACAUCCCCGACUCCUCCAAACGCCCUCUUUCUCCCCCCACCCGUACCACAUCCAGCCCCCGUCUUCCCCAAGACCGUGCCGACGACGUCGUAGGCAUCCUCGCUUCCAUCGUCCCCUCCCUCCCCAAAAUCCUCGUUGAGCCUGACCGCGUGCUCGCCGCCGCCUCCUCUAUCUCCUCCAACGUCCUGGCCCCGGCUUUACGGUCUAAGUCCUUCCCCGACACUUUCAAUCGUUCAGCCCUUUCGUUGCUACACGAACUUUCCCGCCUGCCACUGCCAGGCUCCUCCAGCUCUUCAGGAAGUGGCAGUAGUGCAGGGCAGAAGGCCCCCUGGAGGAAAGACGUCUCCGACGCCUUCAACGACCCGCGUUUCUUCUCCCUCCGCCCGCUGUCCCUCAUUCCCUCGUCGAUUUUACCCCUAAUUAGGCAGUGGUGCGCCAAUGACAAGGAACGCAUGCCGGAGCUGUUAUCGCGCCUCACACCUCCCUCCACGGCGGGGAUUGUCUUUGGCGUGGGGGCCACCUCGGCCCGGUUAGAGGCCGAUCGGAAAACGCAGCUCAACCUGAGGAGGAUCGCGACCCUGGUGCUGGCGUGUCCUGUGGAUACCUUCGUCUCGGACCUACCCGCACUCAUCGAGAAGUUGACCGAGCUCCUAACGGCGACGGCGACGAGCUCACCAAGUUCGACGACCCGUUCUGACAUCUACCUACUCCUCCGCGCGCUGAUCCUGCGCAUCAGCGCCGUGCAUCUUGCGCCUCUCUGGCCGGUGUUGAACGCCGAACUGCACGCCGCGCUCGCGGCAGUUGUUGCACCGGAUCAUUCCGUGGCCGCAGAUACGUAUGGCUGUGCGGCGUUGCUCGGCGCCGCGAAGUUGUUAGAUUUGUUGGUGUGUGUCGCGCCCGAGGGUUGGCAGGUGCAUGAGUGGCUGUUUGUGACGGAUACGAUUGACGCUGUGUAUCGUGCCGAAGGGAAUGGGAGGUUGGUGGCGAUGGUGGAUGAGGUUUGUGAGGAGUUAGGCGCCGUCAGUAUCCCCUUCCGUGAUGGAGAGGUGCAGACACAAACGGUUGGUGGUAUUUCGGGGGCGAGGAGGCCGUUGUUGGGCACGCCGGGGGGGAUAAGUGAUGAGGUUGGGUUGGAGAGGAAGGAUGAGCUGGUUGCGAAGGUGCUGAGGCCGUUCUUUGGGCAGUUGAGUAUUUAUGCUUUUGAGAGUACGUAUGCGAUGGGACAGGUAGAUGUGGAGGCUUGUGUGGAGGGCUUGGUGAAGGAUGUGUUUGAUGAGAGGACUAUUGUUAGAGCGUUGUAG